CAGGAGUUCGGUUGAAACACACAGAAUAGAAUACGCGAACCCACUGCUUCAAACAUGUGUCGGCUUUGGAUCCUCGCCCUAACCCUUUCGCUGGCCUACAGCAACGCCAAAGACAUUGUCGAUCUGACGUGUGAAAGUGAUGACGACUGCGCACCGUUCCGCAGCGCCACCAUUAAUUCCACGUGCGAGGCAGAACAGUGCCGGUGCACUGACCUACAGCAGGAGCAAACCAAUGUCACCGAAUGCAAGCCAGUGGUCAAUCGAGUGUCCAACCAGAUCGGUGGUCAAUGCCCGUGCCAGGUUGCGAAUUCGUUCUGCAACGAGCAAACCGGGCGCUGCAUCUGCAAGGAAGGCUUUCAGCCGAGCCACGUGGAGAAGAAGUGUGUGCAGAAAUCGGUAGCACUCGGUCAGGAGUGUGAGGAUUCCAGCCAGUGCUCCAACCAUGACCCUUUCGCCCGUUGUGAUGACAAACAGGUUUGCGCAUGCCAGCCACAGUUCGUCAUAUACGAGAACGCAUGUCACUCGAUAAUAGUAGCUGCUAACCUUACGAAACCCUGUGAAACGGAUGAGGAGUGUGGUAAUGCAACGGCCAAUUCGGUAUGCCAGGCUGGCCAGUGUGUCUGCGGUAAGGGUUUCGUCGCUGAUUCGAGUAACAGUAGUAGCUGUCUGGCGGUGGCAGCGCACGAUCAACCUUGUACCGACUCGAACCAGUGCAUCGCGACGCUCGGUGUUGGUUCGCUGUGCCAUCAGCAGCUCUGUACCUGCGACAGUAACCACUUCCAGUUUCCGAGCCACGUCGUUGAUGAGAAGAGUGGCCAGCAAACGAUUCACAAUGUGUGUGAGCGGAAAAUCGUUCAUGGAGACAGCUGCAAUGACGAUCAGAACUGCUAUCAGUUCCACGUGGGACCACAUCAACAGUCGAUGGAGUGCUUCAUGAAUGUGUGCGUCUGCCUUAGCGGCUACACGGAGAAGAACAACGUUUGCCUCAAAACCAGUUCCGGCACUGUCUUCCCGCCAGCAACCGUUUUAAUUAUUACCCUGGCCACCCUAAUCACUGCCGCUACAAGCCAGUGGAAGAUCUAACCGAGAGUAUCAGUAUCAACCGUCAAUGUAUUAAGCGGAUUGUAUAACAAUCUUACGCACAUU